AGCAAGUUGAAAUGUUGAUGUUGUUUCAGUAAUAAGUUGCAGGUCGUGAUAACAAGAACAUUAAAAUACAAAAAAUGAGUUUGUUAGCUGAAAUCAAGAGUUCGAACGCAGUUCACUUAUGCUUUUGCAUUACUUACUUUAUAUCCGGCCUGAUAAUCAAUAUCGUUCAAUGCAUACUGUUUUACGGAUUAAGACCGAUUAAUAAACAACUAUAUCGUCGUAUUGGAUAUUACUUGAUUUAUUCACUACUUAGCCAAUCGGUAUUUUUCGCCGAUUGGUGGUCUGGCUCGAAAUUGUAUCUGUAUUGUGAUGAAGAAGUACGAAAACGAUAUUUGGGCAAAGAACAUACACUGUGGCUGAUGAAUCAUUCGUAUGAAAUUGAUUUCGUAAUUGGAGGAAUGAUGUGGGAUAAUGUAGGUGCGCUGGGAAAUUGCAAAGCGUAUGUGAAAAAAAUUAUUUCCUAUUUUCCAACGCUUGGAUGGGGCUGGAAAUUCGCUGAGUAUAUAUUUUUGGAGCGGUCAUUUGAAAAAGAUAAACAAAUUAUUGAGCGACAAAUCAACGAAAUUUUGGAUUAUCCGUAUCCGGUGUUGCUACUGUUUUAUGCUGAAGGGACCCGUUUUACUGAAAAGAAACACGAAGCAUCCGUUAAAUUUGCACAAGAACGUGGAAUGCCUGCGCUGAAACAUCACUUAAUUCCACGGACAAGAGGCUUCACAACAAGUCUUCCAACGUUAAGAAAAAAAUUCACCGCAAUCUUAGACUUUAACAUUGCAUUCCAUAAAAAUGGACCGGUUGAGCCAUCUGUUGCUAAUCUAAUGCAUGGUCGUGGCGUCGAAGCACACUUAUUCAUCCAUCGUGUUGAUAUGAAAUCGGUACCAGACAAAGAAGACGAAGCUGCUGAAUGGUUGCAGGAAAUGUACCGUUUUAAAGAUAAGAUCCAAGACAGUUUUCAUACGCACGGUGACUUUUUCACUGGCUCUGGAUUGACACCAAUUGAACCGAUCUUGGUACAGCGAACAAUGGGAACAUUACUAAACAUGAUAUUUUGGACAAUCGUAACGCUCCCACCAAUUGUUUACUAUUUAAUUAGCCUAAUGCUCAAUGGAAAAUUUUUGUACUUUUUCAUUGGAAUAUCCAUACUGUCACUGUUUUACAUUUUGGUUCAAAGGUUGAUUGGGACAACUAAAAUUAGCAAGGGAUCAUCUUAUGGUACCAGUUCAACUGCUCGGGAAUAACCGCAACAACGCUGAAUUUGCAAACAAAAAGUUAAUGAAACGAUUUGGCCGGCUUCUAAUGGAAAAUAUUGAAAUGACAGACUGUUCCAAUAAAAUGUGAAUACAACCC